UCCAACUAUUUCCACAGAUCUAAAGAAGUGGUAGAAGUGGGAGAAAGGGAAGCAACGAAGCAAACACAGGGCAGAAUGGACUACACAAAAUUCUUCUCCAUUAAUGCUUCUAGACGUAAACCUUCAUGGAUUGGCCGGCUCAGGAAGUUUGUCAGCAGCCCAAAUGUCUUGUGGUUGGCGGGGGGGCUUCCAAACCCGUCACGCUUCCCGUUCUCUGAGGCAAAGGUAACACUGAGGGAUGGCACCGUGAUCAACAUCUCCCCCGAGACCAUGGCUGCUGCUUUGCAAUACGGCAAUAAAGAAGGUAACGUGCAACUCUUGAACUACCUGUCGGACCUAACGCAGAGGCUGCACGCACCCCCAUGCUGGUCUCGGACCAAACAACUGAUAACCGUAGGCCAGGACGGCUUGGCCAAGGCCUUCGUCAUGCUAGUCGACCCUGGUGAUUACGUAAUCGUCCCUCGGUUUUGCAGCACUGGAAAUUUCUCUGAAUUAUCAGCUCUGAAUCCUCGCUAUAUUUCUGUUGAGGAAGACGAAGAAGGGAUGCUGGCAGAAGACUUAAGGUCAACCUUGGCCCAACUGGAGCUCGAAUCUGAAUUCAAUCACCAUGAAUUUCGACCCAAGGUCAUGUACGUGAAUCCUAGCAGCAACAGCCCCUCGGGAAAGGGGAUGAGGGAGCAACGCCGUCGAGCAAUCUACGCCAUUGCAUGCGAGUACGACCUCCUCAUUCUGGAAGACGACCCCUACUACUUCCUUCACUUCAGUGAUGCGAUUAAUUUUGAUAUUAAUGAACAUCAGGACCUUCCACCAAGUUUCUUGAAUCUGGACCACGAAGGCCGAGUAAUAAGAUUCGAUUCCUUCUCCGACGUUGUUAACACUGGGGUACUUACGGAGGUCAUCACAGGACCGGAACCCCUUGUUGAAAAGAUACUGCAGCAUGUGCAAGCUACAGUGCUCGCCGGGGUUGGUUUGUCUCAGGCCUUGUUCACAGAGCUGCUCCGUGCCUGGGGUGUGGACGGUUUCCUUCGCCACGUAAGGGAAGUGCGUGAACUUUACUGCAGCAGGAGAGAUGCAAUGUUGAUGGCGGCGGAGAAGCAUUUGACUGGAUUGUGUGAAUGGAAUGUGCCUGAAGGUGGGAUGUUCUUAUGGCUCAAGGUUCCUGGAAUAAAGGGCACACAGGGUAUGUUAGCUAGAUGCUGUGCGGAUAAGAAUCUCCUCCUGGCUCCUGGAAACGGCUUCACUACCAACCCGAAGCUUCCUUGUCAGUACAUGAGAGCUUGCUACUCUACCGCCACGCUUGAGCAGAUGGACAAGGCCUUCAAAAUCCUGGCGGAUCUAAUAAGAGAGGAAAUUCAACGAGACAAGGAUUCACCUCACCAUUACGAUCUACUGUGAUGCAACUCAUCAUGGUAGAUUAGCAAAUUUUCUCUGUCUUCCCCAGAGUUCAUUUGCUUUGCCACUGCCCUCAGCCGUCUUUCUUUAAAAUAUUGAUGGUGAUAAGGGAACACUGCACCUCUUCUCAGACCCGCAGCUCUCUCUAUCACAGGGAAACCUGUAUAGAGAGGCCCAGCAUUCCGAGGCGACAUCUAGGUGUACUUUUUCUCCUAAAUACUUUUCCCUCUCUUGUGGUUACCUGGACUUGCAUAAGUCCCUCCAGGGCUUUUGUAUUUAUUUGGGUGGUGUGCAAUAAAGGACCAACCAUU